AUGGUUGAUGGAAUUGUAGAGCAUCGCUUCGUGCAAAUCCAUCAAGCAAAUGAGAGAGCAGUGUCUCAGACGGAUAGCCUAUGGUCAACACUCUCUCAAAUGCCUACAAUUGCGGCAUCGCACUGUUGCGAAAAAAUCUAUAGCAACGUGAUCAAUAGCAAUAACAAUGGCAAAGGUUUAUUACAAACAGUUCAAAACUUGCAAAACUUGGUACUGACAUGUGAGGACGACAGCAAAAAUGUCUUAUUUUUGCAAACCAUCACUCGUUUAUUGAUCUUCAACCAUUAUUUGCCGGAAGAAACACAACUCCAAUUUCAUUAUGCAAAAAAAGAUUCAUAUCAGAUCCAUCCCUUCACUUACAUUAUGCAUCAAAAACCUAGUCUCUAUUUUGAGCUUUUGGAUCAACUACUGGACAUUUUUGGCAAAGAAAAUGAAAAUGCUAUGACUAUCUUGAGUGGAUUUGUUGAGAGUGUAUUUUUGACAAAGCAUACAUCCGAUGGUGGUGCACUUUUGACACGCCUUAUGCAAAUCAGCAUGACUCUCGGUAUCAAAAAUGAUUCUAUCAUUGCAGCCAUCUAUAAAAAAAUGAUGGAUAUACUUUUCGAUUUUCCGUUGGAGAUAAGCAGCACAAUGUAUUUGAUGCUCGUCGAUUUUCUCAUGUGGAUUUCUAUCGAUAACUCGCCUUGUAUACAAAUAGACAUCUAUCAAUCUCAAGUGUGUGGCUACAAUUAUUUGUUGCCUUUCAUUGACCAUCUACUUACAAUCGCUUACAAAAAUCAGCCUGUAACGUCUUAUCUUUCUCGACUCUCUAAAAUGAUGAAUGUAACUUUAAGCCAGGUUGUAAUCGAUGUGCUAUGGACCACACUUUCCUACAUAUUAUUAAGAGGACAGACACUAGAAGAACAGCAGUUAGCAAUGGCUUUGAUGAGAUCAAUUGUUAGCAAAAGUAAAAAUAUGACUUUACUUCGUAUUGCUUACUUGCCACUGUAUCAGCUAGUGUCAGAGCUGAACGAUAAGGAUCUACCUAAAGAGCUGGUAGCGUUAAAAGAAGAUAGUUUGGAACUUUUGGCUUACCUUGAUAGCAAUCAAGUUGAUCGAUAUGAUGAAGAGAGCUUGUUAGAAGAGCUGCAAAAGUUGGUUGAGAACCGCAGAAUGUACGGCUUAUUGGCCCACUUCCUUGUCUAUUUGAACAAUCUCUACGCUCAAAAUGUGCCUGUCCUCAGAGAAACAUACAAAGAUGGCCCUGAGGUCACUCUGGUGUUAAACCUUCUAUUUAGCUCUCCAUUUAUCUAUGACGAAGACGAGGACGUCCAACUUGUCACAUACUUACGAAUCACUGAACUCUCUUGCCUUACGAAGAUCUCCUACAAAUUUCCCAUGCUACUUUUUCUGCUUCAUAGGUUGCGAUCUUCUUUGGACAAUGUUCGCCUGGUAGCACAUAUUUUCCGCGAUAUCUUGCCCACUCUGGCCGAUACCAAUGAUCCUUUUGUUACCAGUAAAGUCUUACAGGUCGUUAUUUCCUCCAUCAACAGCAAACCCAAUUCUGCGAUUGCAAGUCUCGGAGUGAAGGCACUGGCUCACAUGCACCAGCUUCAGCCUCGUGUCUGGCAGGAACUGAAAAGGGUAUUUGCUGAAUGGGUUCUUCGUCGCAAACAUAGCAAUGUACACCGCAAAAUCGAUAUGACAAUACAAGGCUCUGUCAAAAUGGAACUCGCUAUUCUUACCACAAUGCGCGACAUUUGCAAGGACAGACCUCGUGAAUGUGCAGCAGACGUGCUACCAAUGGUGGUUUCUUUACUGCAAGCUUGUCAAGAUCUGAGUAUGGCAUCCUUAUCUAUUUUGGUGGCUACGAUCAAUCAUUGUGUUCGAGCAGGGUUAGUGGAGCCUCGUUCCAUUUGGGAUAUUGCUGUAGUUUACCUUGCUCAAUUUGCAUUGGAACAAGGAACACAAAAAUCUGCUCUUUUAUUGAAAGAAAUUUGUGCAUUCUUCGCUAUCGCGGGUGCUCAUCAUGAUAUAUCAGAGCUCUACUUGCAGUUUAAAGAGGGUCUUCUCGUUAAUUUUAUUACACCUCUCAUCAGUUCGACAGAUAAGAAUGCUGCUCAACUUGCUAUGCAUGCUUUAGCGAAUUUUGACGCUCAGGAUAUAGCAAUUAUUCUGCCCGAAAAAGCCGCAGACUACGUUAAAGAAACCGUUCCUGACGAUGAUAACCCUAUUGAAGGUCAAGAUCGCGUACUUUCGACCCUUAUCACACAUGAAAUUGAGCACAUGCGCCGUGGAUUAUUCAAGGAAGAAAAUGUAUCCCAUAAACAGCAACAACAACUUCAACAAAAGGCCGACAUUGAUGAAAAGCUGGUGACGAACGAUGCUGGUCAAGUGAUUGGUGAACGUGAAUUUGAAUUACAAUCCUUACUCACUCAAAUGUGGGAUACAACAAAGGUUGCACCAGGACUGCGCUCAGGCUAUGCUAUUGCUAUGUUACAUACUAGUGAAUUUAGCCCUUCGAAAGACCCUAAAGAUACAUUGGAAGCUCUUAGCAAAAUGAAAUGGUAUCGUUUCCUGAACACAGCUUUCACAGAUGUAAGCUUAACAGAUCACCUUUUACUGCGAAUUUCCAGCGUAAGCUCCUGGGUAGCUUUUUUCAAUAACGCGUUGGCCGACGUUAAAAAUGAUAUAGAAAUUACUGUAUCCUUAUUACUGAAGGACCUUUUGUCGAGAUUGGAACGAAGUACUGUUCCAGGAGUCACUUGCAAUAUAAUACUUUCAAUAGCAGGUUUAAUUCAGAUGGUACGGGUUUAUAGCCUUUCUUUUGCAGCUUCUUGUGCCAGCAAUGUUAUUGAAGUGUUAAUGAAGAACUACGUUGUUCUUUCCGGCUCUCCUUUGUCACACUCAGCACACUUGAUGAGUGAAGAAGUCCAGUUUGCCGCAAGAAUGGCUGUGGGUUUUCUUGCUGUAAGCAUUAUAGGGAACGAUAAACUCAUGCGGUCAGUCAAUAGUCUGCUGAUUUCUUCAGCUGUUGCCGCAGAACAUAAACAUAGAAAUAUCGAUACAGCUGUUGACUUGGUUCAAUUUGCCAAUGGGUUUGCAGCUGGUCAUUUUAUUGGGGCUUUAGCUGCUUAUCCUACUAAAACAGCUUUGACCAACGAUUUAUGGAAGAAUGGAGUAACCAAACUUUUAGAUUAUUGUGCUUCAACUAAUGUAUCCGACAGUCGAGUUAUGGGUAUUCUGAUGGGUUUAGCCUCAACAUUGAAAAGUGAGUUUAUGGAUCAAGAACUUGCUUUUGCUUCACAAAACCUCGCAAAAUAUUUGAGCGGUGGUUCCGUUGCUAAAGGCGCCUUAUUUGGGUCUACAUGGUUAUGUGCAGUUGGCGCUAUGCAAGGAGAAAGUAUUGAUUUUGAGCUGUCUGGUUUAUUGGAGUCUGUUUUAGCCGCAACAUCAUCUGAGUUGAGUAUGAAUCAGCACUUUUACCAUUUUGUGGUCCCUUAUACACAAGUACAAUUCUAUAGUUAUCUUACCACUGACAAAGAUGAUCAAGAGAAUGAAGUACUUUACAGUCAGGCGUUUGAGCCUUUGUUACAAAGCAUCGAAACAGAUGAUGCAUCUAGUCAUUAUCGCAUUGCUGGCUUGUUCGGUGCAGCAAGUUUAUUAGGUGUAGAACACCUCGACUUGUACAGCGGAAGCAUCGGCUUAAAAGCUGAACGAUAUCAUUCAAAUUCGAGACGCGCUGCUCUAGAUAAGCUUGCAGCAAUUGCUGGUCUUACUGCUAAGGCUUCCAAUGUAGGAAAUCUGAAGAGUGGGCGUAUUGCUGCUGCUGUUGUCGGAAAGAUUGUUGAGACCACAAAGUUAAUGACGCAAGCACUUGGCUCUAUGAACCAACAAGGUAUCAGUAGUGGGGAAGCUUCAUCCCUUAUAUCCAGCUCAUCCGAACCGAGUAACUAUAAUCGUCUCAGUAGCAGCACCAGUUACUUGCGUGGUGUGUUUGAUCAGCUCAACACAUUAAUUUUAUCAUCAAACAGCAACGAAAACAACAUUCAAAUGUUGCUCAAUGCUCUUAUAAGCUCAAAAGGUCCGUUGCCUGCCGUUAACUGGUACAAUCUUCUCAUUUCAUUGAUGAAAACAUCACCAGAUAUUCAGCGUUUAUGCUUUGCUUUUGCAGCUAACCAUGCUGCUACCUCUUUCUCAUUAUCUGAGUUCCUCUUUACACAAAUGAUUUCUAUUAUGAAGAGCGUUGCUAUUUCCGGUAAAAAGUGUGAGUUUUUAUUUGAAGGUCCAUCAUUUGCGACAUUGCUGGAAUUGGGUAAAUUACCAAGCAAAACGAUAACAAAGGAAGAAAUUCAACGCCGAGGUCUAAGCUCCAUUGUCAAGAAGAUAACAUUAUCAAAAAGCCGGGUUUUGGAAUUAGUGGAAAUAGUCAUUCAGAAAUUUCAGUAUAUGUCUCAAAGUAUACAGGAUAAAAUGUUGAGCACGUUAGCGGAUCAUUUACCAGAAUCCAACAGUCAAAUAGAAAAUGAUGAUGAUGCAGAACUUGUUUCUUCCAUCCGUGAGCAUAUGUUCAAUUUUGUUAUGAUACCAUUCUUCAAUGAUCCAGAAACGCCAAGGUUCCUGGUUCAAAAAGCCGCACAUUGUAGUUUGUCAGAUAUUUCACAAGUUUUGCCUCUCGACAAUCUGAAGGAUUUUCCAAUCAAUCAGCUAUCAAUUAGAAUUACAGCCACCGCUGAACUUUUUUCAAUAGCAAAAAGCCAAAAAGCGUCUUUCAUAAAGCACAUCAAUAUGGCUAUUGGAUGUCUUCUCCGUUGUAGUAAAGUGGAAAUAUCAGCCUGGGAUACAGUUGCACAAAUCGUAUAUACUGAAAGUCAAUCCGACAAGGACAUUUUGAUGUGGCUCACUCGUAUUUUGGAUGCAUUCAUUGUAUUCGUCAGCGAUGCUAAAACUGAGGAGGGAAGCUGUAGUGAUACUUUCGUUUGUGAUGGUUUAAUUCGUGGUUUACGUUCGAUAUUAACAAAAUUACGCUCAUGUCCUUGCGAGACUACAAUUGAUGACAUUCAAUUUGUCGACACGGUCUAUUUAUUGGAUUAUUACGUGCAUAUAGGACAUAAACAUGAAUCUGAACAAGACCAGGUGGUCAAACGUAUUUUGAAGAUAACUGAUAUGACUCGAAAGAUGCCAAACCAGCAACUUACUGUUGAGUUUUUCGAUAAGCUUGCUUUAGGACUUCCUCAAAAGUACCAAGUUUAAUAAAAACAGAUAUCGUUUACCCACUGUAUGGAC